CUCCGCCAAUCGUAUCGCCGACCACAACCGGGCCAGUCAAAGCUCGCUGUCCUCGCACGCUCUUUGGGCAUUGACUUCCGUGCUCUGACUCCCCUGCUCAAACGUGCGCGCAUGAAUAAAACUUAUGUCAGUAAUAGUAGCGACCCCUCAGUCCCGACACCGCCCACCAUCAUGUGGACCCUAGAGUUCUGUCUCCUCCCCAGCUCCUCCCAUCCAGAAGGCGGAAAUCGUGCCUGCCUGCGCGAUGAUCUGCGCUGGUGUGAUGACGCACUCAGUCCUCUGCACAUUCUCGUACACUCAUGCCACCCAGAUUCGUCCCUGGAGACCAUCUGGCGCAGCAAGGUCACUGAUCUCUCCUCCAAUGAACAAGAGAACCUUGUCACAAGCAAGGUGGCACCAGCGGGAGCAGUAGUCAGCUGGCUCCUCUCUACUCCUUCCUCCCUGAACCCGGCCGAUUCCUCGUCUUCCUUUUACUUCUACAUCCAAUGUGAGGGAGGGAGGCAGGAAUCGGGCCGAGGUAGGACUUACCCCAAACACGAGCUCUUUCCCAACACCACCCUAGCUGAGGUGCUUACCUAUGACAGUUUUGUCAUCCACGAGUUUCCUACCAUUUGGGUCUCACGGACUGAAUUGCCUACCACUGUAUAG